AUGUCUGGGCUUCCUAUUGUCAGGGAAACGUCGCGUGAAGACUAUAGUCCCAGUCCCUUUAACAGUUCCGAAGAGCACAGGACUGAGACUAUGGAAUUGGAAAAGCUGAACUUGACCGACGCUUCACACGAUGACGACGACGAUCACACCCAAGGCGAACCAACCAAUUUUUCCUUCCAUGAGAACAGGUCACUUUUUGACCAGGGCAGCAAGAUUUCUGCAUUACAACACCUUCAGCACCAUCAAUCGUGCUCAGUCGCAUCAUCUCCAACUGGAAGAAGGCUCUCUGUUUCGGCACAGAGUGCCUUGCCCGAGCCACCCUCUCUGCAAUUUCAUCAGGACAACGACCGUCACGCUUCGGCUCGCUACAAGAUGGGUAUGGUUAUAGACGAAGACCAGCAACUUUCUGAUGUGCCUUCCGCCGAACUCGUCGAUCUCUAUUCCAAAGUCCAGGAUUGCCGUAAGCUCAGACACAAAUAUCAAACCCUGUCCAUGCAACAAGAGCCGCAACAAAAUCCUAAAAACCGGCCAGGCUGGAAAAUUUACCCUCCGCCACCCAAGCCCACUUAUAACGCGGAGACUAAAACCGUCAAGAAAGUUGAUAAUCGUCCCGAUGUCGAGAUCUUCGAUUUUUCGGCAAUUGAAAUCCCAGGUGAAGACAAGGAUUGGAAUUUCGAGACUAAUGACGACGAUGUUUUUGUGGUGUCGAGCGCAUUGGAUCCGUCCAACCUUGCAUCGGAGGUUCCAACAUUACGGCAAUACUACAAAGAUCUAGACGCCUUGGUGACUAUCUCGUCCGAUGGACCCUCCAAAUCAUUUGCCUUCAGAAGACUCCAGUACCUUGAAGCGCGCUGGAACCUGUACUCCUUGUUAAAUGAGUAUCAAGAGACCUCAGUGUCCAAAAAAAAUCCCCACAGAGAUUUUUAUAACGUGCGUAAAGUCGACACUCACGUUCACCACUCCGCUUGCAUGAAUCAAAAGCACCUGCUACGUUUCAUCAAAUAUAAGCUAAGGCACUCGGGUAACGAAAAGGUCAUUUAUAGAGAUGGAAAAAUCCUGACCUUGGAUGAGGUAUUCGAGUCUUUGAAUCUUUCUGGGUACGAUUUGUCCAUCGAUACACUGGACAUGCAUGCUCACAAAGAUACUUUCCACAGAUUUGACAAGUUCAAUCUCAAAUACAAUCCAAUCGGUGAAUCCCGUCUGAGAGAGAUCUUCUUAAAAACUGAUAACUACAUCAAAGGCACCUACCUGGCUGAUAUAACCAAACAAGUCAUCUCGGAUCUAGAGAACUCGAAAUACCAAAUGUGCGAGUACAGAAUCUCCAUUUAUGGCCGUUCUAUUGACGAAUGGGACAAAUUGGCCGCAUGGAUUGUUGAUAACAAAGUUAUCUCCCACAACGUAAGAUGGUUGGUUCAAGUUCCCAGACUGUACGAUAUCUACAAGAAGACCGGCCUGGUUUCAAACUUUCACAACAUAACGAAAAACCUGUUCCAGCCGCUAUUUGAGGUCACUAAAAAUCCCCAAUCCCACCCAAAGCUACAUGUGUUUUUGCAAAGGGUUAUUGGCUUUGACUCCGUCGAUGAUGAAUCCAAGGUUGACCGUCGGUUUCAUCAGAAGUACCCUAAACCUUCUUUAUGGGAGGCUCCUCAAAAUCCGCCUUACUCUUACUACCUAUACUACCUAUAUUCGAGUUUGACAUCCUUAAACCAGUGGAGAUCCAAGCGUGGAUUCAACACCUUCGUUUUGAGACCGCACUGUGGCGAAGCGGGUGAUCCCGAGCACCUCAUUUCUGCCUACUUAUUGGCACAAGGUAUAUCCCAUGGUAUACUGCUGCGGAAAGUACCAUUUGUCCAGUAUUUGUAUUACUUGGACCAGAUCGGUGUUGCAAUGUCUCCACUUUCGAAUAAUGCACUUUUCCUGACCUACGAUAAAAACCCGCUUCCUUAUUACUUCAAAAGAGGACUCAAUGUGUCCCUGUCAACCGAUGAUCCGUUGCAGUUUUCGUACACCCGAGAGCCACUGAUUGAAGAGUAUUCGGUCGCCGCACAAAUUUACAAAUUGUCAAACGUAGACAUGUGUGAACUAGCCAGAAAUUCCGUCAUACAAAGUGGUUGGGAAUCGCAGAUCAAACGGCACUGGAUUGGGAAAAGCUUUGAGGAGGAAGGCAUCCAUGGUAAUGACGUUGAAAAAACCAACGUUCCGGACAUUAGAAUCAACUAUCGUCAUGAGACAUUAUGCACCGAAUUGGAACUCGUGGAGCACUAUGCCCAGUUCCAAGCUAAAAAAUGA